GGACCCGGGCAGUCUGGGGCUCCGCCCUGCUCUGGCACCUCUGGGAGCAGCUGGGGACAGCCCGGCCUGGACGCGAGGCUGAGGGCUCACUGUGGUCCCCCAGAGCCGAGUGGUGCCCCUCCCUCACCGCCCAGUCUGCUUUGUGCGUGCUCUGAGGUUGUGUCAUUUUAUAAAGCAAAGCCCACCUUCCUCCCAUCCAGGUUCCAAGGAAGUGCCGAUGCCCCCGUGGCCCUGGUGGCUCACCUGGCCCCGGAGAGUGUGCUUGCGGAUGGCAGGUACCAGCAGUGGAUGGAGAGGUUUGGGCCUGACACCCAGCACCUGAUCCUGAAUGAGAAGUGUACGUCCGUUCACAACCUCCGGAGCCACAAGAUCCAGACACAGCUCAACCUCAUCCACCCUGACAUCUUCCCCCCGCUCGCCAGCCUCCACUGUAAGGAGGAAGGCGCCGCCUUCUCUGUGCCCACAGUCCGCGCCGAAUGCCUCCUCAAGUACCAGCUCCGGCCCCGGAGGGGGUGGCAGAGGGACGCUCUUCUAACUUGCAAUCCUGAUGAAUUCAUAGCCGAGGCCCUGGAGCUCCCCAAUUUCCAAGAGAGUGUGCAGGAGUAUAAGGAGACCGCACAGAACAGCCCAGCCCCAGCCGAGAAAAAAGGCCGGUAUCCAGAAAUCAUCUUCCUGGGAACAGGGUCCGCCAUCCCCAUGAAGAUUCGAAAUGUCAGCGCCACGCUCGUCAACCUCAGCUCCGACAAGUCCCUGCUGCUGGACUGUGGGGAAGGUACGUUUGGGCAGCUGUGUCGUCACUAUGGCGACGACGUGGACAGGGUCUUGGGCAACCUUGCUGCUGUGUUCGUGUCCCACCUGCACGCAGAUCACCAUACGGGCUUGUUAAAUAUCCUGCUGCAGAGAGAACGCGCUUUGGCAUCGCUGGGAAAGCCCUUCCACCCUUUGCUGGUGGUUGCCCCAACCCAGCUCCGGGCCUGGCUCCAGCAGUACCACAACCAGUGCCAGCCGCUCCUGCACCACGUCAGUGUGAUCCCUGCCAAAUGCCUUCAGAAAGGAGCCGAGGUCUCCAGCCCCACACUUGAGAGCUGGAUUGGCUCCCUGCUGAGAGCCUGUGAUCUGGAGGAGUUUCAGGUCUGCCAGGUCCGGCACUGCAAGCAUGCUUAUGGCUGUGCGCUGGUCCAUACGUCCGGCUGGAAGCUGGUCUACUCAGGGGACACCAUGCCCUGCGAGGCUCUGGUCCAGAUGGGGAAAGAUGCCACCCUCCUGAUUCACGAGGCCACGCUGGAAGACGGUCUGGAGGUGGAAGCUGUGGAAAAGACACACAGCACCACCUCGCAGGCGAUCGGCGUGGGGAUGCGCAUGAACGCCGGGUUCAUCAUGCUGAACCACUUCAGCCAGCGCUACGCCAAGAUCCCCCUCUUCAGCCCUGACUUCAACGAGAAAGUCGGCAUUGCCUUUGACCACAUGAAGGUAUGCGUGUGGUGUGGGCUGCACCGGGUGGGGCCGGGCAGAGAGACCGCGCCACAUGGACGCUAUGGGAGGGAUGGUCAGGCCAGCAAUGAGAGGACCUGCCCAUCACCCCUCAGGACCAGCACCGACCUUCCGCAGCCCGUUGAGUGCUGGUGA